CGCCCCGCCUCCGGGCGACAAUGUGGCGGCUGAAGUUGGACCCGGGCGACGAUGUGUUCGACGAGGAGGCGGAUGAGCUGCGGCUGCCGCGGAACGAGUGGACUCUCUGCAUGGGGAACCGACUCAAGGAAGGCUAUCGGGAUGGGCUAAAUGCUGGCAGAGAAUCCACUUUACAGCAAGGUUUUAAUAAAGGCUACCAGGAAGGUGUGAAGAAGAUGUUGAUCCCUGGACAGAUGCGAGGGCUUCUGAGUGCACUGCUGUCAUGGUGUCACCUCAAUAAAAAUGAUCCUAAUCUCCUGUCCAAAGUAAAUCAACUCCUUGAGGUUGCUACCCAACAGGAAGAAGUUAUUUUUAGAAACCUGAGUUUACCAACCAAGGAGACGAAUGUCAGUGAUGUGACCGAGUGCAUUGAGGACAUGGGAUUGGACACUGGACCAGAGCAGCCAGAUAGGGAUCAUUCCAAUGAGGCUGUGAGCAAUAACUGCUGCCCCUCUGCCAGUGGAACAGGACAACGUGAUCCUGGAACAAACUGGACUGGUUUAGUUCACCAGACAUGCUGCAGAAGAGCGUCAGGAAUUAAUGAAGCAGAAAUGGUUCAGCAGCUUUAUCGAGACUGCGAGCUCUUGCUGAAAGACUAUGAAAUACCGGUGGAUAUAGCACACAUUUUCAGUGACAGCCAUAUCUGUCAGUAAACGAGUCUAUUACCUGCUGGGGAUU